AUGCACCCAAACGAGCCUUCCAAGGUGCUGCCGUGCGGGUUGCCUUUGGCUUUGGUGCAUCAUCAGCAGCAGCGGGGAUGGGGAUGGCGCAUCAGCAGCAUUAGCAACACGUAUUCUUCUCGCUUUCCUCCCUUCCCCCCCUCGCCUCCCCCUCUCCUCCCUUCAGGUGCUGCCGUGCGCGUUGCCUUUGGCUUUGGCGCAUCAUCAGCAGCAGCAGGGAUGGGUGUGGGCCUUCCCUUUAUGGGCAAAGGGGGCAGCAGCAGUGCAGCAGUCUCACCACAUGUCUUCUUCUCCCCUUUUUCCCGCUCGGUGCAUCAGCAGCAACAGCGGGGAUGGGGAGUCAGGCCUCCCUUUAUGGGCAAAGGGGGCAGCAGCAGUGCAGCAGUCUCACCACAUGUCUUCUUCUCCCCUUUUCCCCCGCUCGGUGCAUCAGCAGCAACAGCGGGGAUGGGGAGUCAGGCCUCCCUUUAUGGGCAAAGGGGGCAGCAGCAGUGCAGCAGUCUCACCACAUGUCUUCUUCUCCCCUUUUUCCCGCUCGGUGCAUCAGCAGCAACAGCGGGGAUGGGGAGUCAGGUCUCCCUUUAUGGGCAAAGGGGGCAGCAGCAGUGCAGCAGUCCCACCACAUGUCUUCUUCUCCCCUUUUCCCCGCUCUCCCCCCUGUCAGGUGCUGCCGUGCGGGUUGCCUCUGGCUUUGGUGCAUCCGCAGCAGCUGCAGGGAUGGGCAUGGGGCCUCCCAAAGGGGGCAGCAGCGGUUUUGGCGAUGGGGGUGGUGGUUGGGGAGGAGGGGGGGGAGGGGGAGGUGGAGGAGGGGGAGGAGGGGGAGGAGGGGGAGGAGGGGGAGGAGGGGGAGGAGGAGGAGGGGGAGGGGAAGGUGGAGUGAAAGAGGAGGGAGGGGUGAGAGUGAAAGCAGAGGGGGUGACUGUGGAUGGUGCAGGGAUGAUGGGUGAUUUCUCUGCUCCUGGUGGCUCGUUCCAAUUGGACGAGAAGAAGGCAAAGAAGAGAGAUACCAUGGUGGGUGGGUGGAGAACGGGGUGA